AUGUCGAUCGAAGAACAUAUCGAACGUGAAAACGACUACAUUUGGCGCCUCUCUCGUGCCGUCGACAACCUGCGCAAGCUCGGCGAGGCAAAAAUCACUUACGGGCAGGUGAAGUCGCGGCUUAAUGCCUUAAAUUCAAGUUGGAAUAAGUUCCAAGAGAAUCACGAAAAGAUCAGCGAGAUCAAGUUCGCAGCAAAAGGUGAUCAACUCGACGCGAUCAAAAAGCUUUCUCACUUGGCGAAAGAUUAUUACGGGCUGUGUGAAGAGCACUUCUUGAGUGGCGAAGAAGUGAUGCUUCAUCUUCUCGAAUCGCUAAAGCCUGCGCCUGCAGCAACCGUGCAAGCCGCUGCAGCUCCUCAAGACGCACCAGCAGGAGGAUCAUCAAAACGGUUACCGCGUAUCGAACUGCCCACUUUCGCGGGCAGCUACUCAGAAUGGGAGCCGUUUUACGACCUCUUCUCGUCGAUGGUUCGCGAAAAUUCGCAACUUUUGGAAGUGGAAAAACUGCACUACCUCAAAACCAGUGUGACCGAUGAACCGUUACAACUUAUCAAAAACAUUUCUCUCACCGCAGAAAACUUCCCUCGAGCCUGGGAAACUCUCGUCUCGCGGUACGAAAACAAGAGACUUUAG